GAUCCGACGUCUGUCAACAUGAGUGGGCACUGCUGGGCAGGGAAGCAGCUGGAUGUACGCGAGCUAUGACCUGCAAUUAUUCGCGUUAGUUUCAUUUUUUUUAAACGCAGACGAGCAUUUUUUUCUUUUAUUAGUGUCAGGAGCGACGGGUGCCCAAGUCGUUUUCAGUGUCAGGUAAAAUUCAACUUUGCUAGCCUUAGCUUUAGCUUACAGGAGCUGAGUAGUUCGCUUGGAGGCUAGCUAGGUAGGUAAUGAUAGCAACAUCUCUUUUGACGGUUAGCUGCAAAAAGCUACUUUUGACCGGGUUUUCUUCACUGUAUAGCGUAUUUUGGAUUCGUUAACGUCUGUUUGAGUACAUGUAUAUGGCAGGUUUAGCCGGUGUUUGUUAUUAAUGUUAGCUGAGAAGGUUCCAAGUGGCAGUUAAUAUUUUCUCCCCUGCUCGGAUCUUCUGCCGUUUCUUCCCCCUUUUUCUUUCUUUCCCGUUUUGUUUUUGAUGUUGCAGUUCGGUUCUAACGUGAGUAAAAGAUUCACAAGAAGUCGCUGCAACUUCUAGUAUCUUCAACCUUCACUUCUCUCAUGACGAAGCAGCUAUGGCUGUGUGGAUGUCAGAAGCAGGAGGAUGAGCUUUCGAGGGAGAGGAUGCCACCGUCUUUCACCGAAGACUGUCCCGCUUAACGUAUCGAUUAGCUGACCGAGAACUACUGGAGAGGACUGAGGAGUGUGUGUGUUAUCGAUUAGUCUCGUCCCAUGGCUGCUGUAAGCGGUGUCAACAUGCUGUCCCCGCUCGGAGAGGCGGCUCGAGCAGGUCCGGGAGGAGCAGCUCUGUCCGCGGUGUCUUUCACCAACACGUCGGUGUCCUCCAGCCCGACGCCCGGUACCGACACCCGGGGCUGCGAAAACGGAGCCCUGAUGGACUCGUUUGGGAUUUUCCUGCAAGGUCUCCUCGCUGUGAUGGCUUUCAGCACGCUGAUGUUAAAACGGUUCAGGGAGCCUAAACAUGAGAGGAGACCCUGGAAGAUCUGGUUCCUGGACACCUCAAAACAGGCAAUUGGGAUGCUGUUCAUCCACUUUGCUAAUGUCUACUUGUCAGACCUCACAGAGGAGGAUCCCUGCUCGCUAUACCUCAUUAAUUUCUUGUUAGAUGCUUCUCUGGGCAUGUUGCUGAUCUAUGCAGGGGUAAGAGCCGUCAGCGCUAUUGUGGAGUGGAGGCAGUGGGAUUCUCUUCGUUUUGGAGAAUACGGAGAACCAAUACAGUGCACAGCAUGGUUGGGCCAGUGCAUCCUCUACAUCCUCAUCAUGGUGUUCGAGAAAGUCCUUAUAAUGUUGGUCCUGCUCAUCCCCCAGUGGAAGAAGCUGGCUCUCCUCAACCCCAUACAGAAUCCUAACCUGGAACUGGCCAUCGUCAUGCUCAUCGUUCCGUUCUUCAUCAAUGCCCUCAUGUUCUGGGUGGUAGAUAAUUUCCUAAUGAAGAAGCAUAGGACAAAAGCAAAGCUAGAGGAGAGAGAAGAGGACUCACGGGGGAACAGCAAGGUCCGCUACAGAAGAGCUCUUUCCCAUGAUGACUCAGAGUCAGAGAUCCUUUUCUCAGCGGAUGAUGAAAUGGACGAGUCUGAUGAAGACGACGUCCGUCGACUCACUGGUCUGAAGACGGUGAAGAAGAAGAAGCUUCGCAUGGGGAUCCCUCCAGGCGAGGUGAAAAAGAAGAAGCGCCCUCCGAUGAAGGAGGAGGACCUGAAAGGAGCUCGCAGCAAACUCGGACUGAAGGGCGAGGUCAAGAGUAAGACCUAUGAGGUCAUGGUGGAGUGUGAGCGUAUGGGUAAAGUGGCUCCGUCGGUGUUCAGCGGUGUGAGGACGGGAACAGAGACGGUCCUGGACAAACCUGCUGCUGCCAAAGCUCCUGGAGGGAGUGUGUUCAGCAAGUAGACAGACAGCAGCGUGAGACCAAACACACACUGUAGUCUUCAUGUUUCAGAGUAUCACUGCAUAAUGGAUUUUGACAUUAAUGCUGUAUACGGUGAAACUAUUUGCUUUUUGUGAUUUUUUUACUUGAUCUUUGUCCUCUGUGUUAAAAUGUACCGUUCUUGUAUCCGCCAAAGCAAACAGGUUGUUGAACUGUUUGUAAUAAAUUCUAGGACAUGUAUUUAACACCUAUAGACUUACCAAAUACAGGUAAAUUAUAACAAGCAAGCUUGUUUCACUGAAAACCACAAUCAUAAUAAGUAACAUACUGUAAAGCACUAAGGUGUGUGUUUAAGCACUAGUUGCAUAAAGGCACAUUAUGUUGCAUUUUUUUCCUUUAUUGUAUGCAGUUGUGCAAAUUUGUUGGAAAUGCAAACAGCAGGAAUGUGCUAAUUGUUAAUCAUCCUAUUGGUGGGGUAUGUAAGAUUGAAUCUCAUUAUUAAAUGUUAAGACAAACUCAGUGCUUCUAAAUAGUUCAAAUUUUCAAGUGAUAUUCCCAGAACCAAGUGUUCAUGUAGCUGUUAUUCACUGCUUCAUCUUUCCAUUUACAGCAUACAGUAUGUAAACGUUGUGCUAACCUUAUUGUGUAGAGUUCUGUGUAUAAUUUUUAAUUCAUGUAAUUAAAAUUUAGCUGUAUGCAGCCCGCACAGUGGAUAGGUAAUUAGCACUUUAACUUGCAGCCAGAAGGUCCCCGGUUCACGUCUGAAGUUGUCAUGUUCUCCCUGUGCAUGGUGGGUUUUCUCCAGGUUCUCUCCUUUCCUCCCACACCUGACAGUAUGUGACUGAUAGAGAAAUUCUGCUGAGGUUAAUUGGUGACUCUAAAUUAUCUGUAGGUGUGAAUGUGAAUGUGAUUGUUUGUCUCUCUGUGUAGUCCUGCUAUAGACUGGUGAAUUGUCCAGGGUGUCCCCUGCUUUUGCUCUAAGUCAGCUGGGAUAGACUCCAGCCCCCCACAACCCUAAUGAGGAUUAAGCGGUGUAAAGAUAAUGGAUGGAUCAGGCGUAAACUAACCGUGACGUCACCCGUUGGUUUCAACACCGAGAAAAUGAAGCCCGGAUUUUGCUACUUCCUGGUCGCCAUUUUGGAUUUUUUGGAGCCAGUGACGUAAAAAGCGUCAUCACAAAGGCUGGACCGGAGAGCAACUCGGGCCAGGACCAGUCUAUGGGACUGUCAAUCAAGUAUAGCCACACCCCCUGGCUCCGCCAACUUUAACGAUUUAUUUAAAAUUCAGUACUGAUUUAUUUUAAGAUCGGCCACCUGAUCUCUCAUUUUGACCAUGAAAACUAACGGGGAAAAAAUCCUGAGCUGUAGAACAUCAGUCUAUCAAAUUUUAUUUUUUCCAAAAAUGAAUUGGGGUCUAUGGAGAAAAAGCUUUUUGGAGCCAACCCUAGCCGACGGCGUGAUAUUGCAAGUUUUUGACACUUCCGGGUGGGCUUCAAUUUUGGAACCAGAUGCUACGUCCAUUAUAUAUACAGUCUAUGGGAUGGAUGGAACCGCCAGUCAGGCCCCCUGGUGGCUCAACCUAGCCCAUGGCCAAUUACUGCAGAUCCUUCCUCCAUUCGUCUCCCCACUUUACUGUCUCUUUGUCACUGCUGUCGAAUCAAUAAAGAUGAAAGUUAUCUUUUAAGAACAGAGGUGGAAUUUAGAUUGCCCCUGCUUGGGAUUGGGAGGUAGUUUUCCUAACACAGUGGGUAGUUUGAAAUUCUCCAGGUAUCCUGUGCUAUGUUCGCCCACUGUGAUCGGUGCAUCUCAGGAAUCAUUACAGUGACAUGAUGCUACAGUCAAACCUGUGACCAGCUACACCAUUCUUGUCUUUUAAGGCCAGUUUAUGGUUUCUGGACCCCAUGAGGAAACUGAUGAGGACCUUAAAGUGACCAGCGAACACACAUUUCAUAUUACAAGAGAUAUGCACUGGUCAUAUCAAACACAGAAACACACACAGGGCUCCAGUGGAUGCUUCUGAAAGGCUUUACACUUCUUUCUGUGGUUAUUCCUGAGGUGCGGCAAGCAAAGCGGGGGGGCAUAGCACAAGAUUUCUGGAGGAUUUAGAACUUCCUACUGUGUUUGGGCACCACCAGUGGAAAGUGUGACAGCCGUCCAAGCAGCCAGUUUUUUGAGAAAAAGGUUUCAUCGGUGUAUACUGCUGAUUACUCACCAACAAUCCAAAAAAAUGGGGUUGUUAUUUGAAAAUGACUCAAGGGGCAAAGUACAGUUUAGAUUUGGUUUGUUUACAGAAGUUUAGAGAACCUCAAAUAAAACAUUCAGCCAAAAGGUAAAAAAUCAAAUAAAGUUUUGUUGACAUCUUUUGGGA